UUCAGUCUCUCGAUUUAGUUGCACUUUGGAACACGUAAAAUGAGGAAGUGGGUUUUGCUAAUGCUUCUCCUUUGGGAGUUCAGCUCUAUCGAAAUGUCUGAUAACCAAGGUAGAAUACGUAGGUCGUCCGUAGUAGUUGGUGGCAAGCCAGCUCGUCCUCAAAAAUUUCGGAUGGCGGCUCGUCUUGGUCAUCAUAUUCCUGCUCAGAACGAAACCAAAUGGUUUUGUGGAGGCACUUUGAUAAGCCAAUCUGUGGUUUUAACGGCUGCUCACUGUUUUUAUUCCGAAGUUGGCACAGUCAAUGUUGUUCGAUUGGGAGAGCUAGUUUUCGAUAGCGACAAGGACGAUGCCGAGCCUGAGGACUUUGAAGUUCUCGAACUAAAGACCCAUCCCAAUUUCCAGUUCCCCGUUCUAUAUAACGACAUUGGACUAGUUCGAUUGGUUAGAAAAGUAACCUUCAGUAACUAUAAGCUGCCCGCCUGCCUGCCCUUAAACGAUGGAAGCCAGGUUGAAUACUUCACCGCCAUUGGAUGGGGUCAAACGAAGUACAACAAAUUCGAGCCCUCCCAGGAGCUGAUGGAGGUGCAGCUGCAAAACUUUGGCCAGUCUUGUCGUCAGACAAUAGAAUCCAACGAGGAUUUGCCCAAGGGAUAUAACGCAGAGUCCCAGUUGUGCGUCGGAUCCCGGGAGCAUGAGGAUACCUGCAAUGGAGACUCCGGUGGUCCUCUACUGAUUUCGCUCUCCGGAAAUGGUUGCAAUUUCACAGUCAUGGGAAUCACUUCUGUCGGCAUUGCCUGCGAUACUCCGGACUUUCCCAGCCUGUAUACAAGGGUUCACUUUUUCCGGGAUUGGAUUAAAGCGGAGUUAGCCAAAAUGUAACGAAAAUAAGUAGCACUCAAAACACAAACUAUCAAGGGAUUUAAAAAAAAUAUAACAAAGCAAUCAUUUAGUUCUCCGGUUUUAAAUUUUUAUUUGCUUUGUGUGGUUCCGCUAAGUGUGAUUUCGUUUCUUGUAUUUUGUUUUACAAUUAUAAUUUUACAAUAGUUUCAACUAAAUAAAUAAUAACAAUUUAUAAAUAUAA